UCCACAAUCCCCAGAGUUUUGGGGAAAUGCAGUAUCUCAGGUUUCACCCCAGAACUGCCCAGAUUCUGCACGUUCAUAAGCCUCCUCAGGUGAUUUGUAUAGGCCUUAAUGUUUGCGAAGUACUAGGAAGUAUGCACUUUAACGUUUGAGAAGAUGAGCCAACUCCUUAUCUUAUAAUUAAUCUUCCUUUUCAGAGACUUCCUUACUCUCGGUUGGAAAUAUUCUCUGGCUAUGUUUCUUUUCCCUCUGGUGUGAGAUGAAGGCUUUACCGCCUCAUACUCAAAAGCUCCAGGAGUGCUGGGUGGGGCCACAGUGUCUGCAGGGUUGCUAUAGUCUAUUUUGUUAAAUGGAAAAGUCACGAACGGACUGAGAGUUACAGGCAUGUGGAGGGCGUUAGGAAUAACUAACACAUGAAUAAAUGAGUGAAACCUUCCAAACAACCAACCAAAAAAGCCGCAGACACAAAAAACCGCUUUAAUAUGUAAUCUAGAAUUCCUCCUACAAAGUUUGUGUAAUUUGUUGUCUUUAAGAAUUGGGCUGGCUUUGCCGGCUCUGGGCCCCUUGCCAGUUCAGUGCGCUGAGACCUGCGACCCGGAGAGGGUGGUCGCGGGCUUGGAUGACAGUGGCUCGCGUGGAUGUCAGGCCACACCCUCCGAGGAGGUCCGCGCCGAUUGUCCCCACGCAGCUCCCAUAUAAAGUGGCCCCACCCCUGCCUGGGCAGCCCAGGCGCCGCGCCAGCUUCUUCCCGGAGUCUCUAACUCGCCCGCCGCUACCGCGCAUGCCCGGCCCUUUCCGGAAUCCAGUACUCCUGGUUUUUCCGCAGCCGCGUAGUCAAAUCCGCACUCAGCGCCGUGCUUCUCAGGGGAAAAACCCAGGAUUUUUAGGGCUCUGGAAACACACGGAUUGCUGAUUCCAGGUCAGCCUGCGGGCUCUAGGGAAGCUGAUGAGAUCAUUAUUCCUUGUCUGGGAAAAGGACUUGGAAGCCAAAUUCAUCAUUCAAAUGGAGAAAAGCAAAACAACAAUCACAAAUUUGAAGAUACCGGAAGGAGGGACUGGAGACUCAGGAAGAGAACGGACCAAGACCUUCACCUAUGACUUUUCUUUUUAUUCUGCUGAUACAAAAAGUCCAGAUUAUGUUUCACAAGAAAUGGUUUUCAAAACCCUUGGCACAGAUGUCGUGAAGUCUGCAUUUGAAGGUUAUAACGCUUGUGUUUUCGCCUACGGUCAGACUGGAUCAGGAAAGUCGUACACUAUGAUGGGAGAUUCUGGUGAUUCUGGCUUAAUACCUCGGAUCUGCGAAGGACUCUUCAGUGGGAUCAAUGAAACUACCAGAUGGGAUGAAGCAUCUUUCCGAACUGAAGUCAGCUACUUAGAAAUUUAUAAUGAACGGGUGAGAGAUCUGCUGCGACGGAAGUCAUCCAAAACCUUCAACUUGAGAGUCCGUGAGCAUCCAAAAGAAGGGCCUUAUGUUGAGGAUUUAUCCAAACAUUUAGUACAGAAUUACAGUGACGUCGAAGAGCUUAUGGAUGCAGGAAACAUCAAUCGGACCACAGCAGCCACAGGAAUGAAUGACGUCAGCAGCAGGUCCCACGCCAUCUUCACCAUCAAGUUCACGCAGGCAAAAUUUGAUUCUGAAAUGCCGUGUGAAACCGUGAGUAAGAUCCACCUGGUCGAUCUUGCCGGCAGUGAGCGGGCGGAUGCCACUGGUGCCACUGGGGUCCGGCUGAAGGAGGGGGGGAAUAUCAACAAGUCCCUCGUGACUCUGGGGAAUGUCAUUUCUGCCUUAGCUGAUUUAUCUCAGGAUGCAGCAAACCCUCUUGUAAAGAAGAAGCAAGUGUUUGUGCCUUACAGGGAUUCUGUUUUGACUUGGUUGUUAAAAGAUAGCCUUGGAGGAAACUCUAAAACUAUCAUGAUUGCCACCAUUUCACCUGCUGAUGUCAAUUAUGGAGAAACCCUAAGUACUCUUCGCUAUGCAAAUAGAGCCAAAAACAUCAUCAACAAGCCCACUAUUAACGAGGAUGCCAACGUCAAGCUCAUCCGUGAGCUGCGAGCUGAAAUAGCCAGGCUGAAAAUGCUGCUUGCUCAAGGGAAUCAGAUUGCCCUCUUAGACUCGCCCACAGCCUUAAGUAUGGAGGAAAAACUUCAGCAGAAUGAAGCAAGAGUUCAAGAAUUGACCAAGGAAUGGACAAAUAAGUGGAACGAAACUCAAAACAUUUUAAAAUGCUUCCUGCUCUGCCCUGCUCUUUCUCAGACCUGCCCAGAGCAGUUCCAGGAACAGACUCUCGCCCUGAGGAAGGAAGGGAUUGGCGUCGUCUUGGAUUCCGAGCUGCCCCACUUGAUUGGCAUCGAUGACGACCUUCUGAGUACUGGAAUCAUCUUAUAUCACCUGAAGGAAGGUCAGACGUAUGUUGGCAGAGAAGAUGCUUCAACAGAACAAGAUAUUGUUCUUCACGGCCUUGACUUGGAGAGUGAGCACUGCAUCUUUGAAAAUGUUGGGGGGACAGUGACUCUGAUCCCCCUGAAUGGGGCCCAGUGCUCUGUGAACGGUGUUCAGAUCAUGGAGGCCACACACCUCAAUCAAGGCGCGGUGAUACUCUUAGGAAGAACCAACAUGUUCCGCUUUAACCAUCCGAAGGAGGCUGCCAAGCUCAGGGAGAAGAGGAAGAGUGGCCUCCUGUCCUCGCUCAGCCUGUCCAUGACCGACCUCUCCAAGUCCUGUGAGAACCUCUCCGCCGUCAUGCUCUACAACCCAGGUCUUUUCCCUAUAAAAGGACCCAUCUGUCUAAGACUUGAAUUUGAGCGGCAGCAGCGGGAAGAACUUGAGAAAUUAGAGAGUAAAAGAAAACUCAUAGAGGAGAUGGAGGAAAAGCAAAAGUCUGAUAAGGCGGCGCUGGAGCGGAUGCAACAGGAGGUGGAGACGCAGCGCAAGGAAACUGAGAUCGUCCAGCUCCAGAUCCGCCGGCAGGAGGAGAGCCUCAAACGCCGUAGCUUCCACCUAGAGAGCAAGCUCAAGGACCUGCUCGCUGAGAAGGAGCGGUUCGAGGAGGAGAGGCUGAGGGAGCAGCAGGAAAUCGAGCUACAGAAGAAGAAGCAGGAAGAGGAGAGCUUUCUCCGCGUCCAGGAAGAGCUCCAGCGGCUGCAAGAACUCAAUAGCCACGAGAAGGCGGAAAAGGAUCAGAUAUUUCGAGAGCUGGACCAGCUCAAAAGGGAGAAGGAGGAGCAGUACGCCAAGCUAGAGCUGGAGAAGCAGCGGCUGGAGGAGCAGGAGAAGGAGCAGGUCCUGCUCGUGGCGCACCUGGAGGAGCAGCUCCGGGAGAAGCAGGAGAUGAUCCCGCCGCUGCGGCACGGGGAGGUGCAGCGCGCGGAGGAGGAGCGGCAGGACCUGGAGAGCAUCCGGGCAUCGCUUCUGCGGGCCAAGGAGGCCCGCGCUGAGGGGGACAAUGACGACGGCCAGGAGCUAGAACAGGCUCAGCUGCGUUUCUUGGAGUUCAAGCGAAGGCAGCUGGCCACGCUGGCUAACCUGGAAAAGGACCUGAUUCAGCAGAAGGACCUCCUGAAGAGAGAGGUCGAGGAAGAACAGGAAACACUGGCGCGCUUGAAAUCUGGCAACGAAGAAUUUGGGUGGUUGGGACAAAAUGAUGGCGGUGUCACAGAGGCCCCCCAGAUGGCGGGAGAUGUAGAGAAAAUCAAGCCAGUGGAGUGCAGGCUGCAGUACAAGGAGCGCCAGCUCCGAUGCCUCUUGCAGCAUCAUUUGCCGAUGCUGUUGGAGGAGAAGCAGAGAGCCUGUGAAAUCCUUGACCGGGGGCCCCUGGGCCUAGACAACACUCUUUAUCAAGUGGAGAAGGAGAUGGAAGAGAAAGAAGAACAGCUGGCCCAGUACCAGGCCAGUGCCAACCAGCUGCAAAAGUUACAGGCCACUUUCGAGUUCACAGCCAACGUAGCCCGGCAGGAGGAGAAGGUGAGGCGGAAGGAAAAGGAGAUUCUGGAAUCCCGGGAGAAGCAGCAGAGGGAGGCGCUGGAGCGGGCCGUGGUCCAGCUGGAGAGGAGGCACUCGGCCCUGCAGAGGCGAUGCGCCCGGGGCCUGGGGCCAGAGGAACAGAGGCAGAAGCCGGCCAGCCUGAGCGGGGGUGAAGGAGCAGAGCAGUCGGGACUCUGGGCCAGCCUAGGGGCUGAGCAGGAAGCCCUGGAGAAGGACCAGGAGAGGUUAGAACAUGAAAUCCAGCAGUUGAAGCAGAAGAUCUGUGAGGUCGAUGGUAUUCAAAAAGGGCAUCACGGGACCUCAGAAGGAAAGUCUGCAUCUUCCAGCUUGGUAUCCAGUGUUGAAAAUUCUCCCCUUGCCCCUCUGAUGGAUGCCAGGAUCAGUGCUUACAUUGAAGAAGAAGUCCAGAGGCGUCUUCAGGACUUGCGUUGUGCAGUUGGCAAUGGCACCAGCACACCUGCAGAGACUGCAAAGGGUAACGAGAAACUUCACAAUGGCACCAUUCAACGUAAGCUAAAAUAUGAGAAAAGCUCUCCUGCCCUGUUGCUGCCCAAAGAAGUCACUGACGCCCCCGACGGAGAAGAGAGAAGGGGAGUGAACCAGAACCACUCCCAGAGCCGUUCCAUGACGUGGAGCAUCCCAGGGCCCAUGGCCCCUUCCUCAGCACCAGGCUGGGGAGCCUGCCGGCAUCAGGCGGGGUCUCAGGCCUUGGAGCAUGAGCUGUCACUUAACAGCCACAGCAGAUGCAGUCCUGACUAUAAGACAAGCAGUUUCCAACCAGAAUGUUUCCAUCUACCUAAAAUCUCUUUGCUUAACAAAAGCAUCCCCAAAGGGGCAGAACAUUUUCAGGGUGAGUCAGAAAAUGCCAGUGAGCCGACACCUCGCCAAGGCGAACACAGCCCGGGGAUCACGUCCAGCUGGACUUGGCUGCAACGCGCAUCCCAGGAAGUGUGUAUGAACAGUGGGAGCUCGCAGACCAGGCAGAGCCAGCUACUCUGCCUCAUUCUCUUGGAAAGCAUUUCUGCAGGAACAGUGGCCUCGAAGCUCUGCCCUGAGCAGAAAGCCCGGAAAGAGUCAGAGACUGAAGCAGUUCACUCUCCAGAGUCAUCGAUGACGGCCGGAACAGAGGGACGCAGUGGGUUGGGAUAUUUUUACCAGCAGGUCUCAGACUUUUACAGAGACACCAGCACCCUACUGCUACAGGCUGGCACAAAGGCCAUCAGCCAGGCCAGGCACGUGGGGGUCCUGUGUGACCCCGGUGGGCUCGCCUCCCAAGCUGCAACCUUCAUCAGGAGGCUGCCGUUCCUGAAACUCUUACCCCUGGACACGCUCUUGGAGACACAAGAAGUGUCAGCUGAUGCUCAUUCUUGCCCCAAAGAAGCCCACGUUGGUGACCGCAGGGAACAGCCUGGGGCCAGGGGGCAGGCGGGGAGCCUGGUGCCCUAUGGAGCCUUGGGCCUGCCUCCUGCCCCAGCAGCUGCCAAGUUUCCAGGCUCCUGCUCAGGCUCAGUUUUCUGCCUCGAACUGGAAGGUGCCAAAAGGGGCUCUGUGUUUAAGCAGACCCUCGUGCAGUUCCCAGACAAAAUGCUGAAACUUCAGGAGUGCCCCUUAAAGGACUUCCUGGAGCUGGUGGCCAGUUCCCUCCCAGAACUUGCCAGUGACACAAGUGAGGUUCAAGGCGUCUACUGGCUUGCUGUCUCCACCUGCGCGGAACCUUCCCCUCGGGCUGCCUGUUUGCUCCUGCUCCGCUCGGCCCUGUACGCGCUGGUUCUGUCUGGGGAUCCCCUGGCCUCCAUGGUCGUUUUUCAUGCUCUACCCCUUGCUGAGUUACAGGAGAUUCAGAUCGGCUUUGCGGGGCAGAGUUUACGACUCCUGGGCUCUUCAGAGAGUCUUCUGCUCACCGUCUUUAGUUACAACAAAAACCUCUGUCAGCAGAUAUGCCAGGACCUCCUGUGUGUGCUGUUGUCUGCAUCCCAGUCCUCCGCCUACACCAACCAUCCUUUGCUCCAACAAGACCUGGUCCAGCUUUCUCUCAACUGGCAGGCAGAAGUCCCUGACUUAGUCUUGGCAAAUGGAGUUCGGUUGUCCUCCAAAUUCCAGAGCACCUUGGUGGACCUGAUCUACUAUGUUCAUGGAAAUCUGGACGCCGACGCCCCCUCUCUGGCAGAGGCCCGACUCUUGCUCUACACAACGGUCAGAGUGGAGGGUGACUCUGGCCAAGGCCGUUGCCAGUCGCUGGCCCUUCUAAACACGCACAUUGCCCUGGUCAGGGAAGACUGCGUGUUCUACCCUCGGAGCCACUCUCUGAGCUCACCACCUCCAGGAACACGGUUUGACAUGGUCACAUGCCGCGCUUUGAGGGAAUUCCGGUGCCUUGUUGUUCCAGACCCGAACUCAUCCACCAUUGAACUCAUCUUCUCCCAAAGACCCAGACACCCACCAGAUUCCAGAAGUGCUCCCUCCAAGCACUCUCGGGAAGCCCAGAAUGUUCUGCCCUGCGCCAGCACACUGUGUCCAGGGGGUGGCCAGAAUGUGGCUGCCGAGAUCUGGAAACUGACCUUCAACUCUCAAGAUGAGGCUCUCUGGCUGAUCUCACACUUGACAAGGCUCUAGGGAGGUGCCUUGUAAAAAUACUCUGUAUAUUUUUUGAGCUCUUUCAUUAAACAUGAUGAAAACCAUCCAGGUCUCUGAUGAUGUCAGUGUAGCUACCUGAUUUGAGAAUGGAAAAAUGUAGACCUCUGUACAUUGGAAAGGUAAACAUUUAAGAUACCUACAAUGACAUAAAAGUAGGCGAUAGCAGUGCACUGAUGGAAUACCUUUGUGAAACCACUUGUUUCAUUUUCCUGAGCCUCAGCCUGUGAGUCAGGUCUGCUUUGUUAUUUGUGAGGUGAUGAAAGCCUUUCUGACUGUGGUGGCUUCCUGUCGACUUGGCUUUUGUGCCUUGGUGUCUAUUUCUGCUGGACUCUGGCGGGCAGAACUCUGCUGCCUACAAAGGUGCCUGGUCUGGCAGGGACCUUCUCAAUAUCCACGGUGUUGACCAUGGUUGGGACAGCUCAGCAGAGCACGUUUCUGAAGCACCAGGCUUCCCUGGAGGACCCAGGGGUUUAAAACGCCCUCCCCUCACCGUAACAUGAGAGGUGGUGGGGCUGGGAGGGUCAGCACUGAUGCGCUGUGGGGUCAUUUUCCUCAGGUCAUCACCUUUGCCUUCCUCCUUAUAGAUGUCUGGACUGUUCCUUCCCGGCCCGUGUGAUUUCAGAUCCUCACUUGUUGGUUUGGUUUUGACUCCCCUCCCCUAGACCACGUGCUCCCAUGUGUCAGUCUUUUCUCUCAGCAUUUGUGUUUCUCUCCUGGAAAGGAAUGUAGCUUUUUUGGCUGCAUUAUGCUGUCUUAGCAGAUACAGGGCCUCCUCGAAGGCAUCCAGGGCUUCCUCCACCCUCCCUCCUGCCUCUCAGCCCAGGCGUCUCUCUUAACCUCAGGCAAAGGUGUCCUGCUUCUGGGAGGAGGUCACAACCCAUGUCAGUCCAAGGCCGGGCUCUCCCCUCCUCACCAGGGACACGAUUGCUUGCUCUCCUCUGCUGUAAGAGGCUUAAGACUGAGCUCUUCAGAAUCUCUCUCCUCUGGUUGACUCUGCAUUGUACCCACCUCGGUUCAAGUUGCCUACGAGGAAUCUGCUUACCCAUUUUGUGUUUGUUGUAUUUCCUGGGCUGCUCUGCCCAUGUCCUCCUAUUUCUCAGGUUGAGGGUUCUGCUAACUUCCAGAGUCCCAGGAGGAAGGAGGCCCCUCCCCCUUACCCCAUUCACUCUCCUUGGCUUUGGCCAGGGUCAUAUGUGUUCACGGGAGCUGCACCACAGUGUGUCUGCAGUCGAGUGGCUCUGCCAUUCUACUCAGGCCUUAGCCUUGGCCCAGCCUGGAGGGGUCACUUUCUGUUCUGGCCAGACCUGUAGAUAAUGUGCAACAUAAAUGUCAUACCCUCUGCUUCAUUGUUAAUCUGGUGUCAAGGCCAACCUUCCCAGAAACUGGCUGUCUCCCUUUUGGCUGGGAAGUGCAGGUCCUCCUUCUCUUCCCCAUCAGAGCUGACAGCACGCUCAUUAACUUGUUCCGCAUUCUCAGCAAUGGUUUUCCUCUCCCCAGGUUCUGGGGAAGUGAGCGGGGGAAGCAGGACCGAGGAAAGUGUGUCAGGGUCCUGCCUGGUUUGCCGUAGCCAAGCAAAGUUUUUUGUCUUUUUGAGGCAAUAGAAUUCGGAUACUUAACCUCUUCCACACCCUCACUCCAUGCACACACAGAUGUAGACACACACACACACCACGCCCUAUUGCUUUACACACAGGGCUUUUGAGGCUGGGUAUUAUUAAAAUUCUUGGCUGGUGGAUCUUCUACCAUGGGAAAAAAAUUCCAAAAUGAACCACAAUAAUCUUCUAAUAUCAAUAAUAUUUCCCCUAAUUUAAACCAUCCUACUGAAUUCUUUCUUUCCUUUCCUUUCUUUUUUUUUUUUUUGGUCAUUCCCAUGGUGUGUGGAAGUUCCUGGGCCAGGGAUCAAAUCCAUGCCACAGCAGCAUCCUGAGCUGCUGCAAUGACAAUGCCAGAUGCUUAACCCAAAGGGAACUCUUUUUCUCACUAUGUUCUUGAUAAGAAGAACAGAGUGAAUGAUCAUGAAGAGCAGAGGGAGUGGAAUUUAAGAUGCCAGAAGAGGGAUGUCAUGGUUGGAAAGGAAACGGUACAUAAACAGUACAAAAUUUUAACAGGAUGAUACAUAUUAAACAGACUUUCCUGUCCUCAUAGGUAAAAGAGCACAGUUCUAUGUUGUAUAUCAUGGUCCUUAAUUUUGUCCAUAGAUGGAGCAUGCAGUAGACACGUGCAUUGUGUACAGAUCAUAUUAUUGGUUGUAACUUCGUCUGCUUUAUGAUCCAGGUAGCCCAGGAUGAGGAUUGCAUUCCAGGCUGUGUUAUAGAAGCAGCCUCUAGGCAACUUUGAUUUCAUGCCUUUUCAUGUAGGCAUACUUUUUACCUUGAGAUCAAACACGGUUCUUGAUACUGAGAACUUGAUUUACCGUCAUGAAGUGAGUAUUGAGGUUGCCAUGAUCCUGAAGAGGCCAGUGGAGGCCACUGGCUUCAAUCCCAGGGCCUCCCAGGCUCGUUCUCUAGGGAUUCUGAGCCCAGGUCACUGCUGCAGUAGAGUAGAUAUGGGGACCUCAGCAUCCAGCCUGAGGACUGUUUUCUCAGUUGUAACAAGUUCCUGGAUCCAAAAAAAAAAAAAAGUUUAUGUGUAUUUUAUUACGUGGCAUUUUGCAUUGUUGUAACACAGGCAUAAACAUUUACAUCGAAGGGCUUUGCUGAUGUGUUCUAGACAAUACCUCUUUGAGGCCUUUUGAAACAGUGAUUUCAUCUGAAUUUGAUUAACAUCCAUUUUGCUCACAGCUGCCUGUUGUACAGACUUGUGGUUGUCAGGGUGAAUGCAUUUAGUCUUUGUUGAAAAACAUUUCAAAACAGUUUGUCUCCCUGUCCUCAUUACUUGAAAAAAAUGUGUGUGAUUCCUUUGGAAGGAGUACUUCCGCCUUCCAGCGGUAGUAAUUACAAUAAUUUUUAUUUGCAUUCUUCUAUAGAUGAUUUAAAGUUUUGAAUGAUAAGUAGAUUAGAGCACUUUUAUUAAUGCUUCUUUGACAAUCAGGCAGUCUUGUUGGACAGACCAGUUGCUAAUGAGGUUGUUUUGUUAACUUGGUUACACAGCCUCCAGUAUUCAUUUUAGUUAGCACUGUGUCAUUCCUUAAUGAAGGGGAUGGGGCGGGGGAAUGGCUGUGGCAUGCAGUGGCUUGGUGUGGGAUCUCAGUUCCCAGAUCAGAGAUCAAACCCAGGCCACAGCAGUGAAAGCACGGAGUCCUAACCACUUGAACACCAGGAAAUCCACCCUGCGGCCAAAUAUCAGGCAACCCUCAAAAUAUUAGUGACACGCAAAAAAACCCUUUUAUUUCUCAUUAAUGGUUUGUAAGUAGGUUGAGGCAGGCCCUGCUAUAGGCUGAGGUUGUCUGCAGCUCAGCCGUGGCUGGUCUGCACCAGCUGUCUCAUUUUGGGGUCUGUGCAGAAGGCACAGUGGCCAUUGUGAAGAUGGCAGAAGCACAGAAAGGCCGGAUCAUGUCUGCUCACAUCCCAUUGGCCAGCACAGGUCACUCAGCCACACCCAACAUCAAGGAGCAAAGAAGGCUUCAUGCCACUCACUAGGAAGCCAUGAAAGGAGUGUCUGCCUCUUCUCCUCUUCCAGCUACAGGAGACUGAGGAUCGACCACAGAUGCAUUGUGUCAGGGUUCCCAACGUUCUCCUGAAGAUAUAUUCAGAUAACACUUAAGGAGUUCCUCCUGUGACUCAGUGGUCAGUGAACCCGACUGGCAUCCAUGAGGACAUGGGUUCAAUCCCUGGCCUCGCUCAGUGG